CACUUUAGGCGUCUUACUGUUGAGGUGGAAGAAAGAGGUCCUGAAGCAGUGAGACAAGCAAGAGAUGCCCUAUUCUAUGGGCUUCACCCAGCAGAGGACAAUGUGAGGGAACCGGAAGUGAAUGAGAAUCCGAGAGGACGGCCUCGAACAAGCACCAGUCGCAUUCGUUCAUAUUAUGAGCGGUCUCGUUCGAGGAGUACUGGGCCUGGUUCGAGUGGAGGCAGGGGGCGAUCGAGUGGAGGUAGAUCCCGAUCGAGUGGAGGUAGAUCCCGAUCGAGUGGAGGUAGAUCCCGAUCGAGUGGAGGCAGAUCCCGAUCGAGUGGAGGUAGAUCCCGAUCGAGUGGAGGUGAAUCCGACGAGCAUGAUACAGAGUUUGUUCGACCUUUGCUGGUAGGCGAUUUCAACCCUAGUCCAGACGGCCAUUGUGGUUUUAGGGCACUUUCUCAUUGUAUUUAUGGGGAUGAUAGUCACUAUCUGCUCAUGAGAUCGGCGAUUGUC